AUGCAACGAAACUAUUUGGACUUUUUUGAAAAGUCUUCACAAAUCUACCUCAAUCAAUGCACAAUAUUACUCUUUGUCAUUAUCGUAAAAAUACUUCUACUACGCAACUCAUUGAUCAAUACUAUAUCAAAACAACUUAUAGAUGAAUCCGCUUGUAAUGACGAAACAAUUCAGCCAGCAUUGAAUGCACUACACAAUAUGAUGUUUGACAAUAUUGCAAAACUCCAGUAUUCUGGGAUCGUCUUUAUUGUCCUUAUAAUCAAAACCAUACGAGCAUUGACCAUAUUCUACAUUGAUUUAUUCUUGGGCACAUACGUAUGUUUAUUAAAUGCAGUAGCCAAGGGCACUACCGAGUUUGCAUUUGAUGUUACAAAAUCAGUGAUUCAGAUGGUUAAUGUAACCAUAGUUGAAGCUACAAAUGGGAUAGAAGAAGGAUUACAAGGACUAUCUACAUUGCUUAAUGAUGUAUCAACUGGGUUUGAUGCAAUAAAGAAUAUUUUUAAUGGUGGUGAUGGCAGUUCUUCUUCCAAUGCAAGAUCUUAUCAAAGUAAGAUUAACAUUUCACUUGGGGCUUUGAGGGACAAGAUUGCCAUACCUGGGUCGGUGAUGACAAAAAUUAAUAAUGCAAAGAAUGUCAGUAUGAGUGAAUUAGAAGAUAUGAAUAAUACAACACAAACAUUGAUUGAAACCCCAUUCGAUUUGAUCAUUAGCAAGCUACAAGGGAUCAAGCUAAGUAAUGAAUCAACAAGAAAUUCGACAAUUAAUCGCAUCAAGGUUAAAGAUGCGUGUAUGAAAACAGUUGUCCAAGUCAAAGAUACACAAGAUCAUUUAGUUCAAUUUGUCGAAACCACCAGCAAGUACUUGUUUAUUGUUAUGGCAUUAGUGCUAGUUGGAAGUAUAGCGUACGCAUGGUAUACGGAGCGUCAACAAUGGAAACGGAAAACAGGUUUCAUCAAUGAACUUGGUAUUGAUAAUGAGGUUGAGUUUCGUAAUCAAGAAAACUUGUAUCUGAAUUUCGUAACUUACACUUUGGUGAAACGGAUGGGGUACAACGUGAAUCAUAAGAUCAUUUGGUUGCUCAGUUACAUGUCAAACAGACUAGCGAGAAACAUCCUCGUUUUUGCAAUAUUGGGUCAACUUGCAGCCAUUUUGCAAUUCAUCUUGGUCAACUAUGUCCAUCGGGAAAUACAGAAACAAAUCAUUGACAUUUCCAGCACAAGUGACCCACUUUCUAUUUCUGUAUACAUAAAAUCAAUUAAUGAUUACAUCAACACCACGCAAUCGGAUCUUAACGAAGAGUUAUUUGGCGAAAUACGAUCGACUGCCAUCAAGGUCAAUUCAACCAUUGGUGAAUUUGUUGAUAACUUGGACUCAACAAUUUCCGACAUUUUUGGCACCUCAAACAUCCUAGCAUCAGCAGUAAACACGGUUGUUUAUUGUACAAUCGGUCGUAAACUACUCAAGAUAGAGCAAGGAUGUACUUGGCUUUAUGAAAACUUAAAAAUCAGUAUCCCCUUGGUGUCAGGUUCGAUACUGCGUGAUUUACAACAAGUUAAGGUAUUACAACCAAAUAAUGUAUUGACUAAAUUGGAUAAAAUGAUUGAAUUUUAUGUUCAAUCAAUCUUGUUGGAGUUGUAUGUGGCUUUGACGUUCUUGGGUGUGUGGGGAUUGCAGUUGAUUAUUGGAUGUAUCUUGCUUUUAACAAGACAACGUCGCAAGAGUGAUGAAGAUAACGAAAGUAACACAUUAGUUGGUGAAAAGAACAACUUGUACUAUCAAGAUACGAGGAAUUUGAAAAUCAGUAGUCCGCGUCCACUUAGUCCAAAUCAUUUGGAUAAUUAUCCGUAUCCAGUAACUGAUCCAAAUGUAUAUUUACUUCACACUACAUCGAGUUUUUAUCCUACGCCACUACCAUAA